GUGUCGCGUGACAGCCCGCCACGUGACGUAGGAGGAAGACGGAGGCGCCAUUAGAGUGGGGAGGGCGGGAGGAACUAGCCCGGCAGAGGGAAGUGUGUUUCUGUUUCUCUUCCCCUCCCGUUCGUUUCCUCCGGUGCGCGUGCGGGGCGGCCUCUUCCGCUUGGGUCAGCGUCCCGUGUCGGAGUUGGGGCGUGGUGCGACUGUCGCUGAUGUGAGGCCGCGGCGUCGGCGGCGACUGCGCUGCGGAUGGCGACGGCGACUUCUGGCGCAGGAAGCGGUAGCGGCACGGCCGGGCGUAACUUCUCCUUCAAGGUGGUGCUGCUGGGCGAGGGCUGCGUGGGGAAGACGUCGCUGGUCCUCCGUUACUGCGAGAACAAGUUCAAUGACAAGCACAUAACCACCCUGCAGGCAUCUUUUCUAACAAAGAAACUAAAUAUUGGAGGAAAGAGAGUCAACCUUGCAAUAUGGGAUACAGCAGGACAAGAAAGAUUUCAUGCACUUGGUCCCAUUUACUAUAGAGACUCUAAUGGAGCUAUUUUAGUAUACGAUAUAACAGAUGAAGACUCUUUUCAGAAGGUAAAAAACUGGGUCAAGGAAUUAAGAAAAAUGUUGGGAAAUGAAAUUUGUCUAUGCAUAGUUGGUAACAAAAUAGAUUUGGACAAAGAAAGACAUGUCUCUAUUCAAGAAGCAGAAAUGUAUGCAGAAUCAGUGGGUGCAAAACACUAUCACACGUCAGCCAAACAGAACAAAGGAAUAGAAGAACUCUUUCUUGACCUCUGUAAAAGAAUGAUAGAAACUGCACAGGUUGAUGAGAAAGCACGAGGCAAUGGAUCCAGUCAGUCAGGACCUACAAGGCGGGGAGUACAGAUAAUUGAUGAUGAGCCACCAGUUCAGAGCAGUGGCGGUUGCUGCUCAUCUGGAUAACUGUAUAAGACUGUGCAUCAUGCCCCCUAGUGAAUCAGAAUUAACAGUAUUUAAAAUCAUUUGUAACAAUUCAAAAAACCAUUAAGUGCUAAACUAGUGGAGUAUGUGACCAGAGAAUUGGCAUUUUCUACAGUGGUUAACAAAACAAACCAAUGGCCUUUUUACAUGUUUCUUUAAUAAUGAAUAAUACUGCAUGUGGGGGAGACUUAAGGCUUCAUUUAUAUUUUAAAUGAGAUCUUUAUUUAAUAACUUAUGUACACUAUUGGAAUGAGACAUCUUUUGCAGCCCUUUGUAUUUUGUGGUAGAUUGAAUUGUAUCAUUUCAAAAUUGCAAAUUCUUUUUAAUUAGCAGAUACCCAAGUACUAUUUUUGCAGGGUUGGCAUCAACCUAUAACUGUCUGACUACUUUGAUAUACUCAUCCUGUACUCCAUGCUGGUAAAAUAAAUUGUAAAUUACAUAUUAAAUAUUUUAUCUGCUUUUACAAGUGCAGGUGCAGAAAUAUGUACAUUAGUCUUGUUGAUGAUUGUGAAGUGAAUAACAGUUGGUGAAAAAACACAAAUGUCAUUGUCUACCAGCUCAUUUGUCUCCCCUCCAUUAGAUUCCAUAAUCAUAUGCUCUGAUUGCUCUGAAGUUUGCAUACCCUUUUUGAAACUCUUCUGGCAAAUAUUGGUUUAUAUAACACUUAGGCUAAUUUCUACUCUUGAAAAAAGUAAUUGGAACACUGUGAAUUGCUGCUACACUUUUUUUAUGUGCCUGAAUUCUUCAAUGCUCCAGUUUCCUGUGUUGCAAAGAAAUCUAAUCUUAUGAACUUGCCUUCCUCUAUUUGAAAAUCACUGAACAAGAGUUGUUCUUGUAUCUUGCGCCACCAAAAUGUAUUCACCCUUUUCCUGUUCAAAGCAGGAAUGAAGUGAAAAUAACUUCACUGCCACUGAAACUGAUACCAACUCCUGAUGUGUUCUGUGUAGAGCUUGUUUAAAUAUAGUUUGUGUUUUUCAGUAGGAAAUAUUUCAGCUGCCACCACUGUAUAGUAAGUAUUUUUCAAAGGAAUGGAAAUAUGAAAACUAAACCAGGCACUGUCAGGACUAGAUCAGUAAAGCUAAUCACUAAUUACAAAAUGGAACACAACAACUUUGUGAGGGAAAUACCAGUUAAAGUGUAUGUUUUUUUCUUUUUUGUUAAGUGGAUAUAUUUAUGACGUGGACAAUAUCUGUUAAUGGUUUACUCUUUACCAAGGUGAGCAUGUAAAUUAUUCUAACUUCACGUGUGCAGGUUUUAAUUUCUUAUAACUGGCCCAGAGAUGAAUGUACAUAGUUCAAACAUCAAAAUGGUGGGAAUAUGACAUUAUCUUCACUUUCCCAAACCUGACACAAACUUUAAGAGCAAUAGUUUUAGAAAACACUGCAUGCUUUCAUUAUCCUGAAUAAGUUGGUUAAUGAAGAUCUAAUAAGGUAUAUGGGAAGGAACCAGCUGUAGCACAUGACCAUAAUAUGAAUAAUUUAAUAUGUACAUUGUGCUGUGUACCCUAACGCUUACUGGAAUUGUAAGUUAGAUGACCUGUUAAAUUUCAUAUGUCGCAAUAGUUUGCUUACUGUGACUUUACCAUGUGCUGCUUACUGUAAGCUGCUCUAUCUUCAUUAAAUAUUCACAUUUAGUACCUCUUA